GACGCGGCAGCGACAACCCGGAGGUUUCCGGACGCGCGGCACGGCUCCGUACGGCUCGUGAGGAGGGAAGCAACGUCCCGCGGACCGCCGGAGCGCCACAGCCGGCCCCCCUCUCUCUCUGUCGGAUUUAUCCCGGACGCGCCCCCGCCGCAGCGGAGAACCGGAGAACCAUGGCGGCGUUGGGAGCGGAGUCGGCUCGCCCCGCCGUCGGCUCCCAGCUCGCUCCGUCCCCGUCCAUCCAGACCAUCCAGACCCACAACCUGCCCCCGAACCGCGGCUUGGAGCGGGCGCUGGAGGAGGCGGCGGCCAGCGGCGUGCUCAACCUCAGCUGCCGCAAGCUGAAGGAGUUUCCCCGGACAGCCGCCAACCACGACCUGAGCGACACGGUGCACGCAGACCUGUCGAAGAACAGACUGACCGACGUCCCCUCAGAGGUCUGCCACCUGGUCGCCUUGGAAAAACUCAACCUGUAUCACAACUGCAUCAGGACCAUCCCAGACACCGUCAUCAGUCUGCAGUCGCUCACCAACUUAAACCUCAGUCGGAACCAGCUGAGCUCCCUGCCCGCCUGUCUGUGUGGUUUACCUCUGACAGUCCUCAACGCCAGCAACAACAAGCUGGUCAGUCUGCCGGAGACCAUCGGACAGCUGCAGGGCCUCAUGGAGCUGGACAUCAGCUGUAAUGAGAUCACGGCUCUUCCUCGUCACAUCGGCAGACUCAGAGCUUUACGGGAACUCAACGUGAGGCGAAACCUGCUGUGCGUCCUGCCAGAGGACCUGGCGGAGCUUCCUCUGGUCAGGUUCGACUUCUCCUGUAACAAGGUGUCCACCAUCCCGGUGUGUUAUCGGAGAAUGAAGCAGCUUCAGUGGCUCCAGCUGGAGAACAACCCGCUGCAGAGCCCACCUGCUCAGAUCUGCAUAAAGGGCAAAGUUCACAUCUUCAAGUACCUGAGCAUGGAGGCGUGUCGCAGCCACAAGAUGCCCGACGCCCUCUACCUGCCCGUCAUGGAGAGACUCAGCCUAACGCGGCCUACCACCGGCAGUGUGGAGGACAUGGAGCAGCAGAAGAAGCAGGACAGCGACUCGGGAGUCGGCAGCGACAACGGAGACAAGAGACUGUCUGCUACUGAGCCGUCGGAUGAAGACAGUCUGAGUCUCAACGUUCCGAUGAGCAACAUCACCGAGGAGGAAGGGAUCAGUAAAGACGACUCCAGUGAACACAUCAGCUCCCUGACAGCCGACCCGAACUCGGACUCGGUGCGUCUGAUCGAGGAGAGUCCUACGGAGGCCCUGAAGGACCAGUUCGGCUACAGAGACUCCACCCUCAGCACUCGCUUCAUCAACUACAUCAAGGGACGGACGGCAGCAGACUUCCACGAACCUCUCAGGAUAGAAGAAGACGCACACUGGACGACACACCACACGUCAAAGGUCGCAGGGGGCACAGAGCUCCACAUCGACAUGAUCAACCAGCUGAAGGAGGCCGUGGAGCUGCUGCAGGACCCCAGCAGGGCGGGCGUGGACCAUGACGGCCUGUCCGGAGUGCAGCUCUACCCCGUGGAGAUGGUCACAGUGGACGAGUCUUUCAACGGGCAGGACAGUGACGACGGAGCCUCCACACCACAGCGGAACGACAGGUCUCCAGGCAGCGGACCCCCGUCCUUCUGCAGCCCGCCGUUCGGCCUGAAGCCCCGGUCAGCCCCGCCCUCGCUGCCCUGCUCGCCCCCCUCCUCCUGUCUCGACCCCUCCCUCCUCCCACAGGCCUCGCUCCUCGGUAGAGACACGCCCCGUAGCCGUGAUGAUGGAGGCGUGCACAGCCGCGUGUUCCUGCGGAGCCACAAGAGUCUGGAGUCGGUGGAUCCUCAGUUCACCAUGAGGAGGAAGAUGGAGCAGCUGAGGGAGGAGCUGGAGUUGAGGGAACAGCUCCGAGAUAGCAUCGAGAGCAGGCUGAAGGUGGUCCUUCCUGAAGACCUGGGCUCGUCCCUGAUGGACGGCGUGGUGCUCUGCCAUCUGGCCAAUCACAUCCGGCCUCGCUCCGUGGCCAGCAUCCACGUGCCGUCGCCCGCCGUGCCCAAACUCAGCAUGGCCAAGUGUCGGAGGAACGUGGAGAACUUCCUGGACGCCUGCAGGAAGUUGGGCGUGGCGGAGGACAAGCUGUGUCUUCCUCACCACAUCCUGGAGGAGAAGGGUCUGGUGAAGGUCUGCAUGACGGUGCAGGCUCUGCUGGACGAGGCGUCCUCCUCCUCCGCCUGCAGCAAACACCCCCUCCUCACGUGAGGUGGGCGGAGCCUCCAGCGCCCGGCCGAAGGACGGAGGAGCUGCAGACGGCGCUCCACCCCAGCAUUAGGUUUAAAGACGUGUGUGAAGGGAGGUGAAGGUCCUCCGCCCUGCGUUUUUUCACCGGAGCCAAGAAAUCUGACUGAAAAUCAACUUCCUGUUAAAUUAUUUCAACAUUUUAUUUUUAUUUUACCGACCGUGAGGUUCCAGCACCGGCUGCUGCCAAACAUUCACACACCUGAAAGCCCGUCGAGUCGGAGAUAAAUGACCAAUGAGAUGGUUUUGAGAGGAAUGAUUCCAAAUUCAACUAAUUUCAUUUCUUGGUUCAAUCAUGUUUCUGAUGCAGAAAAACAUCUUAAAUGCUACUUUUUCCAAUAAAUAGUUAAAAAUGAGAAUUGAGUUGAUCAAAAGACAUAAAAGCAAUAAGAAAAAGACGCGUUUUAAAAAGGAAUGUGGCCAAUAAAAAUCAUGAGUCUCAAAUGAACACGAGAACAUUUCAAUUGGAAACGCAUCGUUUUUAUUUUUUCCCUUCAGAAAAGUUUCAUGUUUCUGCAACGUUUCCAUGGAAACGGCAAAAGCACUGAAGCUGUGCUUUUUGCGUUGGGCCACUAGAUGAUGCUGUUUGUUCAUUAUUCACUGGAAACUUCUUUUAAACCAGGCGCAACAUUCUCAUCAUCAGCAGUAUAAAAAAGUUUCAAAUUUAUGCCAAAUAUUGAAGAAUUAGGUCAAAUUUUGCCCUCAUUUCUUUCAAACUGUCAUCAAACAGCUUGAUUUGUUUUCUAAAGAACUUUUUGCAUUUUGCAAUUUUUAAUGACAAUUUUUAUUUAAAUUAGUUGAAAAUUGAAGAAUUUCGCUCUCAAAACUCUCCUCUGGCUUUAACAGAUUUAAACUACAGGUUUAUGUCAAACAAAUUCAACACAAUGAAAAAGUUUUUUUUUAAUACGAGACUUUUUAAUUUAUGAACGUAUUUCUUAUUCAUUCCCCUGAAACUGAAUCAUUUGUGUUGUUUCUGUGUUUGAUUCAUUUUGAACUCUCUCUAAACCCUGCAGACCAUAAUGAGCCCCUCAACUGAACAAACUUCUCUGUUCCCCGAACAAAACACCGUUUUCUUUAAACGUGCAGAGAUUUCAGUUGUUGACGAUGAAAAAGGAAGAGGUGCUGUCCUCGGCUGUGUUUCCGGUAUAUUCCUGCUUUGGGAGCUUCACGUGCAGCAGCUCACUUCACUCUGUUCUCUCCUCAUGUUUAGAGCUGAAGCUUCAUGUUUUCACACUCAGAUAAUGAGCCAAAACGUGUGCAGGUUGGACUAAUGGAGAAACGACAGCUUCUGCUGGAGCUGGACGGACUUCACACUGAGCUCCUGGUUACUGAACACUGACAGGACGAGACAGAGACCGGAGAACAGCACCGAGACCGGAGCGUGGUCUGAACAGGCCCCUGUGUUUGAUCCCUGACACGUCGGUGUUCCGGGGUCUUUGCGGUUUCACCACUGUGCGGGCCUGCCGACCACCUUCUGCUCACCUUGGUUGGUUCACAUGUUCUCUCUGCAAAGGUCCUAAAUGCCCAGAUGAGUCCCUGGACUGGUCCAGAUCUCAUGUUUCCACCUCUGAACUGUCAGAAGCCCCCCGCCUCCAGCCCCAGCCCUCCAACGCCCCCUCAACGUUAUCAGUUCCUCAGACCCGCUGAGGAACUGAACGACUGACCGGAUGACAGAAUGACAGAACUCAGCCUCACCCACUGACCAACAACCAACUGACCAGUGUUGGGCAAGUUAUUUUCAAAAACUAAUGAGUUAUAGUUACUUCUUCAAAAAAGUAACUGAAUUACAAUAUUUUAAAAGUAACUAAUUACUAGGCAAAGUAACUGUUGCAUUACUUAAAAAAGCAUGUUUCAAUAUUUCAAAGAAUUUGGAUCGCCUGUUAAUGGAACUUCCAGAUGCAGGUUGGAUGAUUUAUUCUAAAACUCUAUGAUUAAUGAAAUAAAUGGACACUUGACUGAAUAAAUUACAAACAGGAAGCACAACAUUAAUCUGUUGUUCAAAUGUGGCUGUGAUGAUAUGAGACAAGACACCAAAUUUCAUUUCUAACUGUAAAUAGCUUUUGGAAAACAAUAGUAAAACACAUUAGAUGUCUGUACGUCCAUUUAAAAGCUGCCUGUGAAUGAUGCGGGCUCUAUGUCUGUAUCUCUGCUCUGAUGAUCAUGAUUCUGUCACUUUGCACCAAUACAGUUCCUUCUUUCUGAAUGAUGAUGUCAUUUAGAACCGUCCUGACUGAGUUGCAACAAUGUAUCAGUUUCAGAUGACAUCAUCGUCUCAUUUGACCUAGAUAUGCAAAUGAGCAGCUAUGGAGGUUAGAUGAUGAUGUCAUUCAGAACUUUCCUGAGGAUCCGGCAACAGUGUAGUGCUUUAAAGCAAACUUUUUUUUUUUUUUUUUUUUUUUUGAAGUGGGACAAGACACCAAUCAUUUGAUUUGGAACUGUAGAUAGCGUUUCUUCAUUCAGUGACAUACGUCUAAUAGAUGACAUAGAUCUAUGUCUGUAGAGUUCUGCAACUGCCUUUGAAUGAUCAGGCCCCCUGUGGCUCUGUCUUAAAAAAAAAUAACACUGUCUAAAAGAUAUAGCUACAGAACUGCACCUCAUAUGGAAAAAUAGUUAGAUUACUGGUUAUUAAAAACAGUAAUGCCAUUUAUUGUAACACAGUUUAUUGUAACACAUUUAUUGUAACCCUUCACUACAACUUAAUGACCAACUGACUCAACGACUAACCGACUUAACCAACUCACCCACAGACUCAGUGACCAGCUGAUGGACCGACUGGACGACUGGUCACCUGACUGACUGAUAGACUGAUCACCUGACUGACUGAUAGACUGAUCACCUGACUGACUGACAGACUGAUCACCUGACUGACUGACAGACUGAUCACCUGACUGGACGACUGACAGACGGACUGCAUGGAUCAAGCUACCAGACGUUUGGUUUGGUUUUUCUGUCUUGGUCCAGAAUUCAGUGGGGGGUGGGGGCUCCAGCCUCUGACUCUCAGGGUGGGUUUGAGUUCUCGGCGCUGCCGAGGCCUCGUCCACUACCUGCCACGUCAGACUCAUGAAGUCUUUACCUGUGUGGCUCAGAACAGCGGGCAGGAUGACCUUCAGCCGUGACCUCUGCUGAGAUUGACCCACAGGCCUCCUGUCGCUGACCUGUGGUGACUGACGUUUCUCUGCAUUCGACCAAUCAGACGGAGCCCUGCUGAUCGGAGCCCCGCCCAUUCUGUCAACAUUAUUUGUUCCAUAAUUCGACUUCUCGUUUUGUUUAAACCUGAGGCGAAGGCAGAGUGCCGGUCGCUGUUCGUUCUGCUCCUUUUAAAGAACGAAGCUGUUUAGUUUUGGAAAGUCGCAGCAGGCGUGAGAGUUUUUUCUUUUAGUGCAGCUUUUUAUCCAAAGUUAAAAUGAAUUUUAAAUAAGACGAAACUCUUCCACUGGACGAGUCCACAGUUGCCAAAACAAACCUUUUUUCUCUCUCUCUUGUGAUAAUAGUAAAUAAUUUAAUUUAAAUGUACAUUAAGCCGUGUUAUUUAUCACAAGCGUUGGAUGUUCACGUACUGUAUGUUUCACCGUCACAACACUCGCUUCACCACUUCACUCUUCAUGUAUCCACACUAUGGGCAGCUCAGUCGUUCACAGCCUGAUCAGAGAAUCGUUCAUGAAAAUGUCUCAGUAUGGACAGAGCCUUCUGCGCUGCGUUCAGGGGAGCUGGUAAAUGGGACACACCAUGAGGAGACUCGGACAUUAGCAUCCCAGCUAGCUAAAAACGGUUUUAAAGCUGAUGAAUACAUGAGCGGUGAUGGUUUUUGUCAGCCCACUGGGAAAUGGGAACUUCCCAGCUGGGAUCUUUACGAGUUCCCAGCUUUCUUUUCCCUGUUGGCGGACAAACCGGACAGAACGCCAAAUCUGGAGACGCUGGACAUUUCUGAAGUUAAUAAACCAGUUUUCAGUUAAUGCUGACAGUAACUGAAGCCGUUAGCUUGGCGUAACCAUGAGGCUAGCUAAUGUGUACACAAAUAGAGCGACAGCUUUUCCUUAAUUUAAAAUUUUUAAAUAAAUGUGACAUUGAACAGAAAAAAAUCUUAGUGCAGUCAGCUAGAGUCAUUUUAGCAGAUAUAUUUAGCUAGCUAUAUAAAAAAAAAAGUAUAUAUAAAACAUUUUGAAUCUGGUGUCUGCUUCGUUAAAUCAUUAUUAAUCCCUCUUGGCUAUUUAAUCUGUACAGAGCAACAAAUUUAAAUAUUCUGGGAAUUGCGUUCAACAAAAUAACAAACCUGAUUGCAGUUAAAGCAACGGUAGCAAAAGUCAUUAGCUUAGCAUACGAAGUAAGCUGGCUACAAAAUACAACAUCGCUGAGUAACUCAUGCACAAAUAAACAGAUUGUUUCUGUUUGGACAUAAACUAACUAAAUGUGAUGUUUUAUAAGACAAAGAUCUGAGCGCAGUUAGCUGAAGUCCUGCGGUUCGCAUCUACAUUAGCGAGCUACGGCUAGCAGCUUUGGUUCGUGGUGUUUUCCAGAAGCUUCCUGCUCUCAAAGCACCAGAACGUCUCCGUUUGGCUCCAAAUCGUCUCCAGUUUGAUUUAUUGAUCUGAGUCCAAACAGGAAGUUGCUUCUCAGAGUGAUCAGAAAUGAGCCGUGAGAUGAAAACAAAGGGAGCGUCUCUUCGUGUUUCGGGGAAAAAGAGCAAUAAAAGGUAAAGUGACUGCUUCCCCGACAGAAUCUGCACUUUAAACUGUUUUUCUAUUUAUGAUCUUUGUUUUGGCAACUGUGAAAGAGAGCAGCAGUUUGUGUUUGUGCCUGCUGAGCGUCAAGCAGUCUUCUUCUUCUUCUUCUUCUUCUUCUUUUUUAACGUCUUUUGUAUAAAAACUCACCUUUUUGUACUGUGGAGCGAGCGGGAGCCCAGAUUUAUUUUUCUGUGACUUGUUCUUUCCGCUCGGGGGGUUUGUGGGACUCGAACAGCCGCUCUGAUGCAUGAAGUGUCUCCGUGACGUCGCCUUAAACUGCUGCUGUGAAUAAAGUGUCCAGACUCACGUGUCCACCGACCGGC